AGUUAAACUUUCAACAAUGAGCUCUGAGUUUCUUCUUGGCUUGGCUAUGCAUACAUCGGGAAUCAAAUAUAUUAUUUCCCUGGCAUCUGAAAUCUUCCUUCUUCUCUUGAUAAUUUUCAAAACUCGAGCUAGUUUUGGUCCAUACAAGUACCUGAUGAUUGUGUACAACGUGGUUCUAAUAAUGUAUUCUACGGCGACAACUAAUGCAAAUUUGGCAGCUCACAGUACUGAAACAUCUUAUGUACUCUUCAGAAUGUACAACGGUCCGGAUAGAACUCUCGGACCACUCUUGAUUCUUCAAUUUUGCACAAUGUACGUCACAAUGCUCAUCAUCCUAUCCGUUCACUUCAUUUACCGAUUCGUCGCAAUCUUUCAUCACCGGUAUCUCUGGAUGUUCAGCAAGUUGUACCUUAUGUUUUGGGUUCUCGGAUCGUUCACUCUCGGACUUUUUCUCAUUUCACUGAAAUAUUUCUUUCUUGGUGAAUUUGAUUAUUUCACUGAUCAGCUAACAGAGGAAUUUAAAACGAAUUAUAAUCUGACAAUGGAUCAAGUACUUUACAACGGGCCAAUAUAUUACAUUUGCGAUGACAACGGAGAGUGCACAAAGCCAAUUGGUGUCUGGUUAACAAUGAUGGCUUUAUGUUCAUGCUUUUUCAUUUGUCUUGGAAUCAUGGGAUACUUCGGAAUGCAAUGUUACUUCAAAUUGGCAAAAUUACAGUCGGAAUUGAGCGAGCAUACAAGAAGAAUGCAGAAGCAAUUACUAUUUGCAUUGGCUAUUCAAGCAGGAAUUCCAAUCAUAAUGAUGUACACCCCAACUGCUCUUCUCUUGGUUUCUCCAAUUGUUGGAGUUUCAUUUGGAGCAUACUCUAACAUUGCAAUAGCUUUAGUUGCGGUUUAUCCUCCACUUGAUCAACUAGCAAUAAUUUGGAUCAUUCGAGAUUAUAGAAAUGCAAUUAGAAGAUUCAUUUGCUGUGAGAAAACUGAUCGGAAUAAGGUUCAAUCUCUAUAUUCAACUGGAAGAACCACAUUAUAGUCGUAUUAACUUGUAUAAACUUGUAGUAAUAAACUUGUGUAAUAAAUGAGUUUUCUGUU